AUGAAGCCAGCGUUGAAGCAGAAAGGCAUCACUGAGAAACGGAGAGCGCAGAAUCGAGCUGCUCAGCGGGCUUAUCGUAACAGGCAGCAAGAAUGUACCAGUUCACGGCGGGGUUCAGAGACAAAGGCCGAGUCUCUUGCCGUCGAUUGUUCCUCCUGUCUUCAGACUUCACACAUGAGCUGCGGCCCGCCAUCUGUCAAUGACUGGCAGAACUCACUGCCUACUCCGGGAAGCGAUGGUGCCAUGAGCCUCGUACCACGGACACAAGUCACACCACUCCAUUGGAACACUAUACCGGAGCCGACACAAUUGGAUUGCAACUGGCUAUCACUGGGUGAACCAUACCAAAGCCCCAACGCCCUGCACAACACACUCUCCUUCAAAGACCCCGAUACCAGCUUUGAUCAUGUGUGGCGCAGGCCGCGCUCGUACUCCCUCAAGACAGCUCUACAUCUAGCCGCAGAGAAAGGCUAA